AUUUCCGGUUGACCUACUCACUCGGUUCGCCAUAUUUGUGAGGAUUGGUGUAAAGUGAGUCAUUUUGCAUAAACAAAGAUAUAGCCAUGAAGGAGGUGCUGGUUUGGGCGGUGGUAGGCUUUAUGGUCUCCAGCAUAGCUGCACAAGUCAACGAACAAGUAACUAAUCCAUGUGUGGAGGCCAAGUCGUGCGGCCAGUGCAUCGCAAUCUCCCCCAGGUGUGGCUGGUGUGCAGAUACAAACUAUGAUAAGACGUACAAGGACAGAUGUGACCUGCUCACAAACUUCAAAGAAGAGGGGUGCUCGCCUGCAAACAUAUCAAAUCCACAGAAUAAGCUCUCAUUUGUGACGGACCGACCGGUCCAAGAUGGAUUAGCGGAGGGGGACGCCAUUCAAAUCCAACCCCAGUCAGUGAACAUCAAGAUCAGACCCAAUAAUCCCGAGAAGAUCACGAUGACGUUCCGCCUGGCUGAGAACUACCCCGUGGAUCUCUACUACCUGAUGGACCUCUCAAAUUCCAUGAAGGAUGACAAGGAGAAUCUGGCUGCACUGGGAAAUAAAAUUGCUGCUGAAAUGGUGAACAUCACAAAGAAUUUCCGUCUGGGUUUCGGCUCUUUUGUGGACAAAGUCGUGAUGCCAUACGUAUCAACAGUUCCAUCCAAGUUGCAGAUGCCCUGUGACGGCUGUGAACCACCGUACAGCUACAAGAAUCAGCUGAAACUGGACAGGAACACAAGUCUGUUUGAGGAAUACGUGAAAAAGGCCCGUGUGUCUGGAAAUCUGGACGCGCCAGAAGGAGGCUUCGAUGCCAUCAUGCAGGCAGUGCAGUGCAAGACUCAGAUCGGUUGGCGAGACCAGUCACGUAAGAUGCUUCUUUUUUCCACCGACGCCGGAUUUCAUUUUGCAGGAGAUGGCAAGCUUGGAGGCAUAGUGAAACCCAACGAUGGCUCUUGCCACUUAGACGGGACAGGGAAGUACACAGAGGCAGAAAACCAGGACUAUCCGUCCGUUAGCCAGAUCUCUACGAAGAUCCGCGAAAACAGCAUCAACGUUAUCUUCGCAGUGACAGAAGACCAGCUGAACGUGUAUGAGAAACUCAGCAAGUAUAUUGAGGGCUCCGAGGCCACUAAACUGGCCGCCGAUUCCUCCAACAUCGUACAGGUCAUCAAGAAUAACUACCAGAGAAUCACAUCAAAGGUGGAGAUGAAUACGCAGUUUGCAGAGAACAUCACAGUGAAGUUUAUGAGCAGCUGUAAAACUGGUGGUGAAAAGAUAGAGACAAAGUCCUGUGAGGGGCUCUCUAUCGGUGACAGCGUAACGUUCGACAUCUACGUGUCAGUGUCCGACUGCCCGGCCGAGGUCAGCAAACGCAGCCGAACGUUCUCCAUCUAUCCCGUCGGUCUGUCCGAAAAACUCGAGAUCAGCCUUGACCUCAUCUGCGAAUGUGACUGCGAGAAACCGGAUAAAGAGCAAUCUAAGAGUCCUUUGUGUAACGGCAACGGUACAUUCGAGUGUGGACAGUGCACGUGCGACCAGGGACGAUACGGCAAGAAGUGUGAAUGUGAUGGGUCACAGAGCACCAGCGACGAGUCCAUAGCACUAUGUAGAAACCCCAACUCUACGAGCCAGGUGGUGUGUUCAGGGCGAGGGGAGUGUGUGUGUGGGCGGUGCGAGUGUCUGCCCAGGCGGGCACACUCGGCCCAGAAGUACAGCGGAGAGUUCUGCAACUGCGACGACUACUCCUGCAGUUACCAUGACAACCAGCUGUGUGGAGGUCAUGGCCGCUGUGACUGUGGUACGUGCAAGUGUGACGAGGGAUACGAAGGGGACUCCUGCAGCUGUCCCAAAUCCAAGGAGACCUGCUUCACCUCCAAGGGGCUGGAAUGUAACGGAGUGGGUGCCUGCGAGUGUGGUGUCUGUAAGUGUAAUGCUACCAGCGACUACAAAGGCCCAACUUGUGAGGAGUGCCCUACCUGUCCCGGUAAAUGCGAGGAGAACAAGAACUGCGCCCUGUGUAUGGGGUUCCAGACGGGGAAGUACACGGCUGAAGAUUGCAAGAAAUAUUGUCAGCAUGUCACACUGGUGGACGAGAUAAACGAGGAGGAAGUGAAACAGAGGGACGACCUAAACCUGUGCCAGUUCAGUGAUGAUGAGGACGACUGCAGGUACUUCUUUACCUACAAGUACGUGGAGAACAACAAUGUGGAGGUGCAGGUCCAGAAGACAAAAGUGUGCCCCGAGUCAGUCAACAUUCUGGCGAUAGUUCUGGGCACCAUCGGAGGUAUAGUGUUCUUUGGCCUUGUUCUUCUUGUGAUCUGGAAGAUCUACACGACCAUCCAUGACCAGCGUGAGUUCGCCAAGUUCGAAAAGGAGACACAGAACGCCAAGUGGGACACUGAAGGAAACCCACUUUACAACCCUGCAACAUCCUCGUUUGUCAAUCCUGCUUUUGACAACACCACCAAAACUGAUGCUCCCAGCAACCAGAAAUUCUAGAAUAGAUGUUUAGGGGAGAAUCCCAUUUACCAACAGGCAACCUCAACUUUCAAAAAUCCAACAUAUGCCGGAAAAUAGUUCAUCAAUCUUCUAUGAACACCAUCAGCUCUACUUCUGUUGCUUAUUGACAUCUAGACAAUAAUGAAAGUUAGCUGGACAACAGGCGUAUUGAAGGACUUAGAAAAAAAUCAUCACAAUUCAUUUUUACAAACACAGAUUUGAACAUGCAUGUGUUUUCUCAAAAAAGCGGUUUUGAAUCUCUAUUGUUUACUUGUUAGUCACACAUAAACAAUGUGUUAUUCCUUUUUCCAUUUUAUGUUCUCUCCUUUGUUUUUCUAUUUAAUGGCAUUGGCUUAAUUAGCUUUAUGGUAUAAAAUAAAAUAUGAACAACUUUUCAUUGAAUUAUAGAGACAUAAAGAUAUUGUUGUAAUAAUGUAUUGUAAAAGGUGGUGAUUUAUUAAUCAAAACCCAUAUUCUAGAAACUAUUGAUGUAAUGUGAAUUUUAAAUAACAGUUAACUGAAAACAGUAGUAAAAUAGGAGACAAUUUACACCAACCUGUUUAAUAUAAAUAUUAUUUUCUUUUUAAACAAUAAACAUGUAUGUUGUACAGCAAAAUAUUGCUUUCUAAAUCUAUUGUGUUCAUUUUUUGUAGUGUGCAUUUUAUAAUUAUUCAAUUAAAUAUUUCUUAAUCAAGCAUGAUGUAUCUAUACAGUUCAUAUAUUUUUUAAUAGGCUUGUUGAUGUUUUGAUUAUUAAAUAUUCAACAGUUGGCUAUACAGGGGUCAGUUUUGUGUGAUAUUAUUAAUUGUUCUGAACACCAGUUUAGUUGCAAUAUUUGCAUUUUCAUUAAAGCACGUAAUUAGGAUAUAAUCCAAUUGCCAUUCCUUCAAUGGCAAAAUUACACCCAUUUUUUUAAUCUUAGCUGUAGUUACACUUUUUAGAAGACGGUAAACAUACAAACUGUAUGAGGUCAUUUUGUAUAAGUCAUUUGUUGCUUAUAGUGUUGUUUUUUUAAUGCAGUAUUUUAUUUUUGUUAAAAGAAAGAUGAAAAUUGAAGGAAAUAAUAAUAUAACUAAAAUAUCAGUUCAGUGUAGAUAACAGAGAAAAUUACGUGAUCACCUCUAAAAUGUGAACAAUUCGCAAAGGCUUGUUGUGCAGGCUUUCACCGCCCCUAUUGAUUAGCUUUCCUGCAUUCAACACUUGCCAAGUAAUCUCUUUUUAGUGUUACUCCUGCUUAAACAUCAAACUGUACAAAGCCUAGUAUGUGUGUAGCCAAUCAAAAUAUUAAACGAUACAGACUUUGUUUAACAUUACUUUGGUGCUAAAGUGUAUAAUAGUGAUUUUACAAUACCAUCCAUAGUGAGAAGUUAGAAAGUUCAACUUGUUAAAUAAUUUAUAACAGUGUAUGAUUUAUUACACUGUAUUUUGUCAAGGUAUUGUAAGACAUCAAACACAGAAUUGACAAGAUGUUUAGACUUGUUUUCCACGUAAUAGUGUGCACCUUUUAUGUUUAUAUAUACCUUGACAAGGUAUUUUAUGACUUGAUUUCAUUAUUUUGGUCUAAUGAGUAUUACUGGUAACCUUUUAGACUGUUUGCACAUGCCAACAGGAUUUGGUAUGAACAAUCUGUCUGAACAAAAUUGCUUCUUUAUUGUCCGGGGUGUGAUUUGUCCUCCUUUAAGCAGAUUUCCUCCCUUUCAAUCUCAAACUAAUUUUGUGAAAAGCUAUACACUUUGCUGGAUCUAUAUACAAAUAAAGAGUUAAGUUGAACUCUGUAAAGGGAAGGGGGGUUAGUUGAACUCUGUAAAGGGAAGGGGGUUAGUUGAACUCUGUAAAGGGAAGGGGGUUAGUUGAACUCUGUAAAGGGAAGGGGGUUAGUUUAACUCUGUAAAGGGAAGGGGGUUAGUUUAACUCUGUAAAGGGAAGGGGGUUAGUUGAACUCUGUAAAGGGAAGGGGGUUAGUUGAACUCUGUAAAGGGAAGGGGGUUAGUUGAACUCUGUAAAGGGAAGGGGGUUAGUUUAACUCUGUAAAGGGAAGGGGAUUAGUUGAACUCUGUAAAGGGAAGGGGGUUAGUUGAACUCUGUAAAGGGAAGGGGGGUAGUUGAACUCUGUAAAGGGAAGGGGGUUAGUUGAACUCUGUAAAGGGAAGGGGGUUAGUUGAACUCUGUAAAGGGAAGGGGGUUAGUUGAACUCUGUAAAGGGAAGGGGGUUAGUUGAACUCUGUAAAGGGAAGGGGGGGGGGGGGGUAUGACAUUCUCCUUCCCUGAGGUGGUUCUCAAAUCACACCCUUGAUUGUGAAAGCUUAGCAUUUGGUUAUUAAAACUAAUAUUGUCUUUAAUCACUUUAAUAAUGUAACUGUGUAUAUUAUGAACUUUUCUAUAAUUAUGGACUCAGUUUUAGUUGUUUAGGGGUUAACUUGUGAACAUAAAACAUGGUUGUAAUACAACAAUACAAAAGUUCAUUCUUUAUUUAACAUCUUAUUGUAACUUUACAUUAUGGUGUGUUGAUUGUAAGAUGAUUGAAUGUUGAAAUAUUGGUAAUCAAUGUAAUUUAUGUAAUCACUUUUUGUAUUUAUACUUAUUUAAUUAGUCUUUCUGGUGGUUAAACAGCACACUUAGCAAAUAUUACCUGAUACUUUUAAAGCAAGAAUUGAAUUUUAUAUUUGCAAUGUGCCUUUUUCAAAAAUAAUGUUUCUCCUCAUUUCUGUAUGUUAAAAGAAAUAUGUUAAAUGUAAUCAUGUAUGAUUGAUUGACAAGUUGCUAAUUGAUAUUAAUCAUGUUUAUUAAUCAGUAAUAAAUGAGCUGCAAUAAUUUAGUCCAUAUCUUAAAGUUGAAUAAGAAUUGAAAGUAAAGACCAUUUAAUUAAUUGAGUGAGAAUGUUAAUCAUUCUUAAUGACAUUGUAUAUAGUGUAAAAUACUUUUCUGGCAUAUCAUUCUACAGCAUCCUCAGCCUAGCAAUAUAAGCACGAGUUCAUUCUUUCUCAGUUAGCAUUCGGAGCAUCACUGUGAAACAGUUGUGGUCCGUACACCCUUUUUGUAAUGUUGGCCAGUCUUUGUUUUGACACUAUUCUACCGCUUUAAUAUGUUUCGGAACAGGAUUUUGUUUUGUGAGAUUUUUGCUAAGAGUCAUGUCCACAUUUUUUGUAUGUGGAAUUUUUUAUCAACCAUGUUUUUGUUAAAUAAUCAUGAGUUUUUGUGGUUCAAUUUAAUAUUCAAUAUUUUAUACAUAAAAAAGUAUGUUUUGUGUAAUUUAAGGUCUUACAGUUUAUGUUUUAUAGAAUCGUCAUUCUGAGGGACAUAUUUAUUUUCCUACUUUUAAUUCAAGCUUAAAGUAAACACUAACAUGAGUUUAUAUUGCUAAAAUAAAAGUUAAAAAAAAGGGUUUAUAUUGCAAAAAUAAAAGUAAAAAAAGGGUUUAUAUUGCAACAAUAAAAGUAAAAAAAAAUUAUUAUGGCCACGUGCAGCCUAUGGCCUUAACAGACUUAAAUGUAUUAUUAUGUUGACUAUGCAAGAUUAUAGUCUUUGAAUAAUUGGGAUUGUGUGACAUUUUUCGUUCGUGCUGUAAACUGGUUUAUGUUGCAAGUCUAAACAAGACACAUGAAAGGCCUUUGUGGUAUUAUCUUAUAAAGAUAUUUUUUCUUUUUAAGUAUUUAUUUAAUGAUUGCCUUAAACACUGGUGUUGUUUCAUAUGCACAAUCAGUUAAAUGUUUAUUUAAUAAAUAUAAAAGUAGUCCAUGUUGUACUGUAAGUAGAUGCAGGCAGUAUGGUAAAGGUAAUGAUAUAAGAUAUAAUUUAAGGAAGCAAUUCUUGUAGAUAUUAGUUCCAAUUCCAUCUGUAACCUUGUAGUUUGCCAUGAUAGUUUUAAAGUGUCAAAUAUUUAAAAAGUUCAUCAUGUUACAAAUGAAAUAUAUUUAGUUGAAUUGUGUCUUAAACAUUUGUUACAACUCCCAUCCAUUAGAACAUGCAUUUAACAAUUUUUGGACGAUUGAUGCUUUUAAAUUUUUGCUUGAGGCAAUUCAAAAUGGACUCUAAUUCGUCUAGUUCUUAGUUUGUGUGUUCUUUGUGUCAACCCUCUUCAUGGCUCAUUGCUGAAUUAUGCUUUGUCAUUUUGGAGAGAAGCAAAGUUUAUCAUGUAGAUGUAGAAAAAGCGUUUACAUUAUAAAUGUUGUUUGUGAGUUUUAUAAUUUAUGUACAUUUAUUAGUAUUUUAUUAUUUUAAGUGCCAAUUGUAUGUUGUAUAUUGAGUAUUGUUUUAGUUGUAAACGUUUGUUUUGAGAUCAUAGGCAAUUGUUUUAAAAAUUAUUCCUAUGUCCUAUUUAUGAUUCUUUGUGUAAGUCUGAAAUUAUGUUACAUUUCACGUUGGUUAAUGUUUCUUAACACGCAGUGUCACAUGUUACACGUACAUCUGGGUUUUACUAGUUAACCAUGAACAUUGUAUAACAUAUUUGUUUUUUGACUAACUUUGAGACCUUUAUGGUAAGAAAUUUGUAUUUUUUACUUUCAACAUUGCGUUCAAAGAAACAUAUAUAGUGUACUAGUGUUAGAAAACUAGAAACUAGAAUCUAAUAAAAAUGUUUAAGUUAUAACGAGAAUUUCUUGUACAGUAGGCGUAAUAACUAUUCUACUUUUUAUGUGUGACAUAAAUAGAUAAUGAAAUAUGCAGUUGUUAUAAAAAUAAUCAAGAUAGUUAAGACAUGGUCUGCAAAUGUCUUUUGAAAUAUGUUUGUAUUUAAGUUAUACCAGAGAGAACUUCAUCAACCAAAUGCAUUGUUUUAACAUAUGAAUCACAAACAAUUGAGCUAUUUAGUAAAGUGAUUACUUGAAUAUCACUUGGGCCUUAUCAUGUGACAUGGGUUAAUAAUAUGACAAAAUUUAAAAGUAGAAAAUGUGUUGGUCUUGUUUUUCCAACUUGUUUUUUCAGCUGCACAUUUUACGUGUACAUUGACAUAUGAUGUCUUAAAUCGAUCAUCCAUCGGAUGUUAGAAAUAUACAUUCUUGUCAUUUGAAUUUUCCUCAUCGCAGAAUAUUUACUUCUUGUAUUUCUUUUACUUUUUGGACGUAUCUGCUUAAGUGUAUCUAUUAUUGGAGUGUACCUGCUUCUGUAGAACUGAUGUAAACUGUUUGUUAUAUAUUAUCAUAAUCAUUUUUUGUGAAAUACAAGUUUUAUAAUAAAAAUGUACCAAACGAAA